AGAAGGUGGGCGUGGCGUACUACGUGUCCCGUGAGUCUUCGCAGCAGGACGGGGCGGGACCGCGGCAACGCGAUUAAGUGCAUUUUUGGAAAAAGAAAAAUUUGAAAGAUUAUAGUAAACUAUUGUAACACUGCAAUGGAUUCCUCAGUGGAAGACAACAUGUAUGUAAACAAAGUGUGGGUUCAGUGUGAGAACGAAAGUUGUUUGAAGUGGAGAUUGUUGUCAAGCGAGGAUGCAGCCAAGGUUGAUCAUGACAAACCAUGGUAUUGCCACAUGAACACUGAUCCAAGAUAUAAUAAGUGCUCUAUUUCUGAAGAAGACUUCCCUGAGGAGUCUCAGUUUUAUCAAAGUGGACUUAAGAUUGUGUAUUCACAGCUACCUCUUGGUAGCCUGGUUUUGGUAAAAUUACUGAACUGGCCAAGUUGGCCAGGGAUACUUUGCCCUCAUCCUUUUAAAGGGGACUAUGUGACCUAUGACCUGGAUGGAAAUGUGGAACAGUAUCACAUAGAAUUCCUGGGUGAUCCCCAUUCAACGUCAUGGAUAAAUGCAACAUUUGUUGGACACUAUAGUAUCACAUUAAAGCCAGGAGAAUGUACAAAUAGGAAGAAGAAGUGGUAUGAAAGUGCACUACAAGAAGCACACCAUCUUUAUGGAUGUUCUCCUGAGCACAGACUGCACAUGUGCUACCUAUCAAAACAGGAUAAAUCCAAAGCUGUUGGCAAAGUUGCUGUGGUGGCCAAGAAAAGGAUGCCAACUUCCAGAAACAGUUCUGAAAAAAUAAAGCCCAAAUUCAGGAAAAAGAAGAGGAAAGCUGUUUUAAAGUGCUCUUUUGAAAAUGUUUGUUCAGAUGAUGCCUUAUCAAAGGAAAACAUGGUUGUCUCCGAGACAGAAGUUUUACUAAAAGAACUAGAGCAAAUGCUCCAGCAAGCUCUGGAAUCCACCCCCCCAGCAGAUGAGACCGAGAAGGAACAUGGAGAGCCAGUGAAUACAGGAGGAAAGCUAUCUCAGGGGCACCCUGAAGCUUCUGCAAGCGGUCCAUCUGAAAACCACUGUGAAGAGGACUAUGUUGUCAUUGAUGGAAUAAAGUUAAAAGCUGGGGAAUGUAUUGAAAAUAUAACUAACAAGUUUAAAGAAAUAGAUGCUUUGAUGUCUGAAUUUUAGGGCAUUAUAGAUAUUUUCAAAAGUUAAAAACAAAGUAAAAAACUUAAAAUGUUUAAUGAAAUAGGUAUAUAUGAGUAUUAUACCAAAGAUGAUUUGGUAGUAACUUUCUUCUUUACAUUUUGAGACUAUACAUUAUUUUGAGAUCCAAUCAAAUGAUACUUAAGUGUUAAAAACUUAGAAUUUAAGAAACCCUGACAUUCGUAGAUUUUUUCAUUUGCCCUAAUUUUAAAACAAUUUAUGAAAUUUACUGUACAAAUACAUGCUUUACAAUGAUUAUUUAAUCCCUUUAUUCAAAUGUCGCUGUUAAAAUAACUAAGACAUC